AUGGAUAUAGAUGAUGAGUACGAAUCCGAGUUUCCUGUUAGCCUUUGCUCCGACUUCGAGCAAACUAUGGCACUUCUCGAGAUGGAUAUUGAGGAGGUUCAGUCGGAAGUUGAACACUCGCUUGAAGAGGUAGAAGGAAAGAAGCAGUUUCCUUGCAACUUCUGCGAGAAAGUUUGCAAAUCAAAAGGUGGCUUAACGAAACACCAGCGGAGUAAACACGUCGAACAAGUGGGUGAGAGUUCAUCUUCAUCUAAAAUUGAGAAAAAUGUGUUAUCAGUAGAAAACGUGUGCUCUAUUAUCCGCGACAUCGGUCGACAUUUGGUUGACGAAAAACUUUAUAAAGAGGAACAAACAGCAGAAAUAUUCAAGCUUUCUCCAACUGAUUUAUUUGUCAGCUUUGUCAAUCAACUCUUACUGAAAUUUAAAAGGAAGAGAAAUCAAGACAAAUUUCUUACAGAAUUUUAUGGAAAUUCAUAUGCCAACUGGAAAAAAUUCUUUCAUCCUUAUGGAGAACAGAAAAUAGUUUUUCUUAUGUUAAUCCAUCUUCCCCAACGCCUGAUUGGAUUCCUAGAGAAAGGUCAAGAUGACCAAGGAAUAUCAAAGGAGGAGAUGUCCCUAUUACCUCAUGAAUAUGGACCAUUAUCUUACCUUACUGGUUAUGUGAUACGAUCAUUUUACCAAAAGAGCAAAAAUUGUUCCAGAAGCAACUCCGCCCGCAACAAAGAAAUUCAAGCUUUGAUGUCAUCAAUGAGACAGGAAACAGAGAGGAAUGAAUAUAUUUCAUCUUUAUCAAGAGGUGGACUUUGGGCACCCCAUGAAUGGAUUGUUAGGAUUGCAGAGGUUGCUGAGUUGGCAUUCAGAAAGAGUACAAAUAAAGACAAGGUUACUUUUCUUCCAGUAGACAUUACAGUUAAUGAAGUAUUAACUUCCCCUCUUGUUAAAAGCUUAUGGAACAAUAUCAUUCAAAACUGUUCUGUACAAAUUUCAAAAGAAUGUCAAUGUUUAUGUUUGGAAAAUGUAGUGAAACUAUAUGUUACUGUCAGAUCUUUUUCAUUGGCUAAAGAUAUUGUAAAUAAGUAUAAACUGAGUCAACGUACUCAGAAAACUAAAGCUCUACGAAAGGACCUGAAGAAAGCCAGUGAAGUAUGCUUGUAAUUAUGUCAUAAGUAAUCUAGCACAUUUGAGGUUAAAGGUUGAAUAAAUGGUGAUUUGAUACUCUAUAUAAUUAUU